AUGGCAGGUGGCGUGAAGAAGCCUGUCAACAUCUUCCGUCUUGGGGACCUGGGGGAGCCCAAGGGUGUCUUCAACUGGCGCCUGUGGUUUGCUGUGGUGUCGUUUGGCCUCCUCGGCGCUGCUCGCGGGAUCGACGAGGGUCUCAUCUCGGGGGCUUUCAACUCGGCGGAUUUCCAGUCCACCAUUGACUACAAGUCCUUCUCUGCCGUCGAGCAGGCCAACAUCAAGGCCAAUGUGUCGGCCAUGGUGCAAAUCGGCUCCGUUGGUGGUGCGCUGCUAGCCUUUCUCGUGUGCGAUCGCAUCGGUCGCAUCAUGGCCACCCGCUUCCUAUGUCUCCUCUGGGUCGUCGGCAUCAUCAUAUUCAUGGUUGGCGGCGUCAACGGCAACCUUGGCGCCAUUUAUGCGGGGAGGUUCAUUGCAGGUCUUGGCGUGGGACAGACCCCUGUCGUGGGCCCCGUGUACAUCGCCGAGGUCGCGCCCGCUUCCGUCCGCGGCUUGUGCACCUGUUUCUUCACCGGUGCUGUUUACAUCGGCAUCGUAUUGGCAUACUUCACCAACUAUGGCUGCAGACUCAACAUUCCCAACAAUAGCCACAAUCAGUGGUUGGUCCCCACGAGCCUGCACAUCAUCAUGGCCUGCAUCAUCUUCAUCCUGACCUUUAUGCAAUACGAAUCUCCCCGCUUCCUCGUCAAGCAGGGCAAGAACGAGAGGGCUACCCAUGUCAUGGCCCGUCUGCGCAAGCAGGAGCCCGACAGCGAGUAUGUUGUGCGCGAAAUCGCAAUCAUCCAGGCCGCCCUGGACCAUGAGCUGGAAGCCAGCAAGGGGGUCGGCUGGGCCGGCAAGCUCAAGGAGAUGUUCCUCGACAAGAGCAACCUGUACCGUGUCUACCUCGCCACCAUGGUCCAGUUGCUGUCUCAAUGGUCCGGCGCCGGUUCCAUCACCCUCUACGCCCCCGAUCUGUUCAAGAUCCUUGGCAUCACCGGCAGCGAGGAAGGCCUCCUCGUCACCGCCGUGUUCGGCAUCGUGAAGCUCGUUUCGGCAAUCGCCUGCGCCCUCUUCCUGGUCGACGUGAUUGGUAGGAAGCGCGCCCUGCUCACAGGCAUCACCCUGCAGGCCGUUUCCAUGAUCUAUGUCGCCGGGUUUUUGACGGCCGUUCCUGAGCUCGGCACGGUCGAGCACUACGUCCUGCCCGCUUCCAAGGUCCCCGCCAGCCGCGGAGCCAUUGCCAUGAUUUACGUCUCGGGCUGCGGAUGGGCUCUCGGAUGGAACUCGAUGCAGUACUUGCUGACUGCCGAGCUGUUCCCCCUGAGAAUCCGGGCUCUGGCUACCUCGUGGGCCAUGACCCUCCACUUUGCCAACCAGUACGGCAACUCCCGGGCUGUGCCCAACAUGCUGCUUCCUACUUCUGAUGGCGGCAUAUCCCCCAUGGGCACCUUCUGGUGCUUCGCGGCAGUCACCAUCCUGGGCGGCAUCUGGGUCUGGUUCUCCGUCCCCGAAACCAGCGGCCGCAGUCUCGAGAGCAUGGAUCGCCUGUUCGAUCUCCCCUGGUACAAGAUUGGUCUGUACGGCAACCGGGACGCCGAACAGCAGGACAUGGCGUACAGCGAGAAGCAGCGUAUCGCGGAGGAGACGCACGGUGCCGGGCAGCACAUUGAAGAGAGGAAGACCGUUUCGUAG